AUGAUUUAUCAACUAUCCCAAGAUGGUAAAGGGUUAGAUACAAAACGGCAAAGGUCGCUGGCCGCAUGUGAUAGAUGUAGAAUUAAAAAAGUUAAAUGUGAUGGAUUAAAUCCAUGUCAUAAUUGUCAAAAAGCUCAUAUGGAAUGUAAAACAUCAGAUAAAUUAACAAGAAGAGCAUUUCCAAAAGGUUAUACUGAAAGUCUAGAAAAAAAAGUAAGGGAACUAGAAGUAGAAUUAUCGAAUUUAAAACAAGGCGAUAAUAAUAAUGAUAAUAAUAUUAAUAAUAAUAAUCAUACAAUCAACGGCAAUGGCAACGGCAACGGCAUUGGUAUGAUUCAUAAUUCAAAUCCAACUCCAAACAAUUCGGCAAGAAAUAAUACUCAACAACCUACUCCUAUACCAACUAUUACCACAUCUAAUGAUAAAGUCAUUUUCCAAUCAACUAAUCAAUCUGUACAAAUAAAUAAUCCUAUUGAUCAAAUAUUUAAUCUUGAUAAUAAAGGAAUAAUUAUAGGUAAUGAUAAUUUAAAUUUUGAAUCCCAAUUUAAUCAUUUAUUAAUUAAUUUAAAUUUACCAUUUUUAAAAAUUACAAAUAGUCAUAAUUAUUUAUUAAAUGAUCCUGAUAGUUAUUUAUAUAAUCCAUCAUAUGCAAAAAGUAAUCAAUUUCAUAAUAAAGAUUUAGAUUUAAUUUAUAAUCCUUUAACAAGAACUGGUUCACCUGAUCAUUUAAAUGAAUUACCAUUAGAUGUAUAUGAUCUAUUCAUUAAAUUAAUCAAUAAUUUCAAAAAAGUAUUUAAGACUAAAAAAGAACUAGAUGCUCAAAUAACACAAUAUUUUUUAAACUAUAACACUUUUAUUCCAAUAUUUGAUUACAAUCAAUUUAUGACAAAUUAUGAUGAAUUCCAUACAAUGUACCCUUUUAUUUUUACUUAUGAUGAUUCCACAAUAAAUGGAUUUAAUUUAUCCAACUCCAAUGACUAUCAAAUAGUCAACAAAUUUCUUAUGACAAUUAUUCAAAUAUAUGCAAUGAUAAUAAUAAAUAAUCCUACAAUCAAUUUAAACUUACUACUUAAUCACUCAGAUCCUCAAUACUCAAUAAGUCGAGAUAUGUCAAUAUUAAAAUCUUUAUAUGAUUUUUUACCAUACUUUAAUGGUUUUCAAAUUUCAAUCAAUCAAUUACAAACUUACCUACUAUUACUUUAUUACUCAUUACUUACCAACAAUAAAGAAAAAUCAUUAAUCUUGUCAUCACUAAUAAAUGCAUUUAUUGGUAUCCUUGGUAUAAAUUUGAAUUCCAAAAAUUUGUUCUUCAAUGAUUUAUCAUUAAACGUACAACAAAGAAGAAACAGAGUAAAAAUAUUUUGGAAUUUUAAAGUUUUAUUAAAAUGUUUCAAUUUAAAAUUUGGGUUUAAACCAAGUUUAAAUACGACUGUUAUUAAUCCUGUUACUAUCGAUAGAUAUUUCCAAUUAACUCCUGAAAAAUUAUCAUCUUUAUUAGGAGACAAUGAUGAUCUAUUUAAUACAUUAUUAAAACCAAGUAUUGAAUUUUUAAAUCUAAUGAAUAUAAUUAUUCCUUCUUCAUUUUCACCAAAUUAUUAUCAAUACUUAAAGAAUGACAAGAAGAAAAAAGAUAAAGACCAUCAACAUAGUCAUCACAGAUUGGACUGGAUCUUGAAUGAAGAUGAUGGAGAUGGUAAUGAUGGAAAUUUAAAUUAUAAUUUUAAUCAGUUUUUAACCAUUGACAAAAAUUUAUCAGAUUGGAGACAAUCUUUGAAAAACAAAAUGUUUUCUUUAACACCAUUUGCUAUUAAUAUGGGUUUACCUAAUGUAUUAAAUAUUAAUCACAAUAAUUUAUACCAUGAUAUGAAUCAAGAACAUAUACCUCAAGAAGUUAUGAUACCUUAUUAUCAAACUGGUUUACCUGAUAUUUAUACUGCUUCACAACUUAUCAAAAUUCAAUUAAAUUUUCAUUACAUUUUAAUUAGAUCAAUGAAUUAUCUAAAUUUUAUUGUUGACAAAGAUUUAAAUUUUAUAUAUUACAAGGAAAUUGCAGUGAUUGCUCAAGAAGUAUUACAAUAUUUCUUAUUAAUAUUUGAUCACGUUGGAAGAUCUCAAGAAAAAAUCAAUUCACCAACUGUAAAUUCAAAUUCAAUAGUAAUGAGAAGUUUGGGACUUGAUGUUGAUGAAGAUGGAUUUGUCAUAAAUGAUUUCUCAGUUAAAAAAAGAAAAUCAAAUGUUAAACAAAGUCCAGCAAAACGUAUUAGAAAAGAAAUACCAAUUUCACCUUUUAAUUCAAUGUUGAAUGGAUUAUCAUUAACUGUUAUAAAUUUAAAAAAAUCAAUGGUUUUACAAAUGUUAUAUUUAUUAAUUUGUCAAAUGAAAUUUAUAAAAAGGAAUGAUAUAUUACAAGAUAUUAGUAACUCAGUUGACCUUUUAACUAAAGCAGUUGAUUUAUUCAUUUCAGUUUUCAUAAAUUAUAAACCAGGUUUAAACAAUACAAAAUUAAGUGAAGAUGAAUUAUAUAAAAAAUUAAUGAAUGAUGAAUUAACGUCAGAUAUAUUGAAAUAUCAACAACAACAUCACAAUAGUAAUGAAAGUGAUGAUGAAGAUGAUGAUAUUAGCAAUUACUAUAGAGCAAUUGAUUGGGAUAAUGAAAAUUUAGAUGAAGAUUUAAAAUACCUCAAGAUUUGUAAAUUCAUAAAAUAUAAGUCACAAUUAGUGUUACAACAAUAUCAUUCAAUUCAAGCAAAAAGUAAAUAUGAAAGUCUUGAAUUUACAGUACCAACAUUUCAACAACAUCAACAAAAUCAACUACAUUCGCAAAAUCAACCACAAUAUCAACAGCAAGAACAACAGCAAGAACAACAACAAUUUCACAAUGGUUCCACUGACUUUGCAAAUUUUAAUGGUAAACCAGAUAAAGAAUUUGGUGCUGCUCAUGAUUUAAUGGAUUUAAAAAGAAGUUUUUCAUCGUCAAGACCAAAAUCAAGUAAAAGUAUAACUACAUCAGUUACAACAAUCAAUAAUGGAUAUAUAGAUUAA